UACGGAGAUUCACGGGAUGCAAGAUAUAUAACACCUGUUAAGCCUUCGUGUUUACCGAGGAGUGGCGCAGAUGAACCAGCGGCAGAUUUACAAUCAGUAGUAAACCUAGUCCAGUACCUUUACAUUUACCGGCUGCCAAGCAACGUGCGAGGAAUACCUUUACAAUGGAAUUCUUCCACCUGCCUCUGAACUCUGCAUGGGAAUGGUUUGGGGUUCAAGGGGUUUUGAUGUUUCUGUUUGUGUUUUUAUUAAUGACGGAUUUAUAUAAGAGCAGGGUUCCGAAAAACUUCCCCCCGGGUCCCUGGCCGCUGCCAUUCGUUGGGAAUUUCUUUAACAUUGACUCCAAACAGCCUCAUAUUUACAUGACCAAGCUUGCAGAAGAUUACGGAGAGGUGUACAGCCUGCGAUUGGGGUGGUCUAAAACCGUGGUUGUGAAUGGCUAUAAAAUGGUCAAGGAGGCUUUGGUGAACCAGGCAGAGGCUUUUUCAGAGCGUCCGUUAACUCCUGUGUUUCAUCGGCUCAACAAAGGCCAAGGCCUGAUACUAAGCAGCGGACACAUGUGGAAAAGGCAGAGAAGGUUUGCUUUCACCACUCUGAAGAACUUUGGAGUCGGCAAGAAGACUUUGGAAUCCACCAUCCUUGAGGAGAUCAGACACCUUCAGGAGACCAUUGAGGAGGAGCAGGGAAGACCAUAUGAUCCCCACUUCACUUUUAACAAUGCCGUCUCCAACAUUAUCUGCUCUGUGGUUCUGGGUCGUCGGUUUGAGUACAGCGACGUACACUUUCAGGAGAUUCUGCAUUUGAUGUUUGAAGGACUUUAUUUGCAAGGGACCAUAUGGGGCCAGCUGUACGAUGCAUUCCCCGCUGUAAUGAGAUUGAUACCUGGGCGGCACCAAACACUUUUCUCAAACAUUGGUAAAGUUGCUGAUUUUUUACGAGAGGAGAUCAGGCAGCACAGGCAGGACUGGGAUCCAUCGGCACCCAGAGAUUACAUCGACUGCUACCUCAGAGAAAUGGAAAAGUCUAAAGAUGAUGCUUUGGCAGGAUUCUGUGAAGAGAAUCUGUGUUACACCACACUUGAUCUGUUUGGCGCUGGAACUGAAACCACUUCAACCACUCUUCGCUGGGCUCUCCUCUAUAUGAUUAAAUACCCGCAAAUACAGGAGAAGGUCCAGGCUGAAAUAGACAGCGUGAUCGGACAAGCACGGCAGCCUUCGAUGGAAGACAAGCCCAACAUGCCAUACACUGACGCAGUGAUUCAUGAAGUUCAGAGAAUGGGUAAUAUUGUUCCUUUGAAUUUGCCCAGGAAGACCACUAAAGAUACCACACUGGGAAGAUAUUUUAUUCCAAAGGGCACACGGGUGAUCCCAAAUCUAACCUCUGUGCUGUUCGACAAGAAUGAAUGGCAGACCCCAGACACAUUUAAUCCAGGGCACUUUCUGGAUGCAGAGGGGCAGUUUGUGAGAAGGGAUGCGUUCCUGCCGUUCUCUGCUGGGAAGAGGGUCUGUCUUGGAGAACAGCUGGCCCGAAUGGAGUUGUUUCUCUUCCUCACUUCCUUUCUGCAGAAGUACACUUUCUCCUGUCCUGAAGGAGUGGAGCCGAGUUUCGAGAUUCAAAUCGGAAUCACGCUUUCUCCUCAAGAUUUCAAGAUCUGUGCCGUCCAUCGUUAAUAAAACAUGACUCUCUUCAUUAAUCAUUAGCUUUAGCAUAACAGAGCAUUACAUACAAGUUAAAUACUUAUUUUGUUUGUCAUUAUUUCAUUAACGGAAACACAACACUACUAUUUCUUAGAUUUCCCCAGAAACAUCCAGUUGGCUUCAGGCUCUUUAGCACUAAUCUUGUACUAUAAUGUUACCUUAGAUAAAUAUUUCAAUAUUCUGUCCAAUAGUGGCAUAGCAGAAUACCAGUUAGGUUAAAUUCUGUGUGCAGUAAGGUUGGUGACUGUAAGGUUUUAUAUAAAUUGGAAGAAUUUUAUGUACCCCUUUAAAUGGUGAAGAAGUGCCUCUGAACAUUGUGUGAUUUUCUUGUGUUUAAUGUAAGCUCUGAAUCAUCGCAGGGUCAGUGAACUCUUAAAAUCAAGCUGUACAUAGCUGAUUUACGUCAGCAGUUUUCAAUCACCAGCCUUGUCUUUCAGCCAUGUGAUGCGUGGGCAUGGCACUUUGCCCUCUGUGAGAACUGAGCAUAGCUCAUAUCAUAUCAAGUUGUUCUUAAGUGUAACUUCUUGUUAUCUGGGUUUCUGCUGACCUUGGUGAAGUGAUUGUCUCACACCAUGCUUCAUGUUAGGGAAAUAAGACCAAAUUUGGUCAAGGAAAUUACGUAAGCGAGCUGUAUAGCUAUGCUGUAUGAAGUAAUUUCAGGGCUCAGAAAACUACAUCUACACUGACGCCAGCUCAGAAACCAACAUCUCUGAUGGCAUGAGAGCUCAGACACUCCAUCUCUGAUGCCAUGAGAGCUCAGACACUCCAUCUCUGAUGCCAUGAGAGCUCAGACACUCCAUCUCUGAUGCCAUGAGAGCUCAGACACUCCAUCUCUGAUGCCAUGAGAGCUCAGACACUCCAUCUCUGAUGCCAUGAGAGCUCAGACACUCCAUCUCUGAUGUCAUGAGAGCUCAGACACACCAUCUCUGUCACCAUGGCAGCUCAGACAACAUCUUGAGGCCAGGACGGGGCUCAGAACACCAUCAACUGAGGUCUGUGUAGAUCACUGAUAUAUAACAUUUGAUUUGCUUUGUUCCUGAAUAAAACAAUUUUGAUUGAAA